AUGUUCGAGGAUAUACAACUAAUUUAUAUGAAUGUGCGCAUUCUGCGCUUCUGGGCGCUACUCUAUGAUAAAAAUGUAAAGCGUUACAUUUGCCUCUCGCUCAGCUGCUUCCAUGUGGCCACCCAGCUGCAGUACAUCUUCACCACCAACGAGGGCAUCAGUGGCAUCAUACGCAACUCCUACAUGCUGGUCCUUUGGAUAAACACAGUGGUGCGUGCCUGUCUCUUGCUCUACGAUCACGAUAGCUAUCUGCAGCUGAUUGAUAACCUAAGAAGCACAUACUACGAGCUGCAACGUCAAAGGGAUGUGUAUAUAAAUGGUUUGCUUAAUCAAGUCAAUCGCCAGGGCAAGCUCAUGGCACGUGGAAAUCUUUUCUUUGGCCUCUUGACCUGCAUUGGCUUUGGUUUGUAUCCGCUGAGCGCCGUCGAGCGAGUUUUGCCCUUUGGCAGCAAAAUUCCCGGAGUGAAUGAAUAUGCGUCGCCCUGGUAUGAGAUCUGGUUUGUGUUUCACAUGCUCAUCACGCCCAUGGGCUGCUGCAUGUACAUACCGUAUACGAGUCUGUGUGUGGCCUUUAUUAUGUUUGGCAUUGUCAUGUGCAAGGCGCUGCAGCAUCGACUGCGCGGUCUGAAGCGCCACUGGAACAAGCAGCAAUUGGCCAAAGAGAUAGUCGAAUGCUUUAUCUAUCAUCAGCGCAUAAUAGACUAUAUAAAUACCAUAAAUAAGCUGACUACAUAUAUAUUCCUGUUGGAGUUUUUGGCCUUUGGCGCGCUGCUGUGCGCGCUGCUCUUCAUGCUGAUGAUAGUGGACUCAACAGCGCAGAUUGCCAUUGUGAGUGCGUAUAUCAACAUGAUAUUGGCGCAGAUAUUGGCGCUCUACUGGUACGCCAAUGAGCUAAGGGAACAGAAUUUGAACAUUGCCAUAGCUGCCUAUGAGACCGAAUGGUUUACAUUUGAUUUUAGGCUGCGUAGAAAUAUUUCGCUAAUGAUUAUGCGUGCGCAGCGACCCGCAGCGAUUCGCUUGGGCAACAUUAAGCCCAUCACAUUGGAGCUGUUUAAGCAAUUGCUGAACACCACUUAUACGUUUUUUACAGUGCUUAAGCGCAUUUAUGGCUGA